AGACUCCCCCGGCCAUUACUUACUGUAACUUGUGAGGAGCGAUGUGGCCAGAAGUGAAUUCCAGUGAAAAAGCCUUAGAAAAUCACAUUAGUUUCACUUAAUGGAUAGAGGGUUGUUCCUAAGCAAGGUCCCUUACAGUCCACCUUCUUGGGCUACCCAUCUCGAUCCCAUCCCCUGUGACAUUUACUCUUUAGGGCAAGUUCCUACCCCAAUUCACAAAUGGAAUCUUCCUGGCUUGCCAAAAAAUACGGAAUUAUGGAUAAAGAGGGAUGAUCUCACUGGAAUGCAAUUAAGUGGUAAUAAAGUCAGGAAGUUGGAAUUUUUGAUGGCUGAUGCUGUGGCUAAGGGUGCUGAUUGUGUUAUCACCAUUGGAGGCAUACAAAGUAACCACUGUCGUGCAACAGCUGUAGCUGCAAAAUAUUUGAAUCUUGACUGUUUCCUAAUUUUGCGAACUUCAAAGGUACUUGUGGACAAAGAUCCUGGUUUGACAGGCAAUCUUCUUGUUGAACGGUUGAUAGGAGCAAAUGUGGAACUUGUUUCUAAGGAGGAGUAUGCGAAAAUUGGCAGUGUGGCUCUUGGGAACUUGCUAAAAGAGAGGCUUAUUAGCAAAGGAAGAAGGCCGUAUGUUAUUCCUGUUGGGGGUUCAAAUUCUUUGGGAACAUGGGGCUAUAUUGAAGCAAUUAGGGAGAUAGAGCAACAAUCACAACAGAUGGGCCUUUGCUUUGAUGACAUUGUUGUUGCCUGUGGAAGUGGGGGAAGCAUCGCUGGCCUGUCUCUAGGAUCAUGGUUAAGUACCCUAAAGGCAAAGGUUCAUGCUUUUUCUGUUUGCGAUGAUCCCAAUUACUUUUACGACUAUACGCAAGGCCUAAUUGAUGGACUCCAAUCUGGACUUUCUUCACGUGAUGUGAUUGACAUCCAAGAUGCAAAGGGACUUGGCUAUGCCAUGAACACUACCGAGGAGCUUCAGUUUAUCAAAGAAAUAGCUGAGGCAACGGGUGUUAUACUCGACCCUGUCUAUAGUGGAAAGGCGGCAUAUGUUUUGCUGAAAGACAUGAAACAAAAUCCAGCGAAGUGGGAAGGGAAAAAAAUCCUCUUCAUACAUACUGGUGGGCUUCUUGGGAUGUAUGACAAAGUUGAACAGUUGCAAUCUUUGAUGGGAAAGUGGCAAAAGUUGGUAGUCGAAGAGUCGUUUCCUCGGAUAGAUGGAAUCGGGAAGAUGUUCUAAUGUUUAUCUUCAUUCUCUCAAUCUGGUCAGACACAAAUGCUUGAAUGUCAUAUCUUCUAGGAUGAUGAUGAACCUUGAAUAAUAACCAUUUACUUUGCUUAAAACAGGGAUGAUGAAGCUAUGAACUGUUUUCUGUGAAAUGCAUGAAUAGAAGCAAUUCUUGAAAACAAGAAUUCCUGCAUUAUCAAAACAA